AUGAAUUUUUAUUUCUUUAUUUAAUUAGCAGUUGAAGCAGAAUUAAAAUUAGAAGAGAUGAGGAUAUUAUUAGCAAAAUUUAGAUAAUUUUGAAUCAUUUACAAGUAAUAAUUAAUAUUAGAUAUUAGCUUAUAAACUAUUAGAUUAACCUAGAACAGGAGGAUUAAAAUCUGAUAAUAUAUUUGAAUUUUUAAAUGAUAAUGAUAUUUAGAUAACACAAGAUCAACUUGAUUACACAUUUAGAGCAUUAGAUGAAGAUUCUAGUAACAUUUUCAGAGCAUUAUUUUGGUUGAAAUAAUUAGCUUUAAAAGAGCAAUAUUACCUAAGAUGA